AUGCAUCUUCAAACCUUUGCCUGGGGCAGCGCAGCCUUGCUCCUUUCGAGCACAGGUCUCUCUACAGCUGGCGCGCCUGAUUGCCCCAACGGGUUCCAGGUUAUCGAGCUUCAGCCUUAUAAGGUCAUUUGUGAUGGGACCACCUCGGCUUCCACUCGCACUAGGACUUAUACUAUUCCAUUCGAGCCUUUGGGUACCAAUCCUCCUGGUCAAAAUAGCACUUCUGGACCGCCCAAUGGUCCUGGGAAGCCUCAGAUCCCAGGUCAACCCGCAACUCCAGCGAACCCCAACCCGCCGCCUGUUCAGCCAAAUCCCCCAGGGCAACCUCAGGUACCAGGUCAACACAUUGUUCCUGGCCAUCCUGGAAGUCCCAAUGAGCCGGAAUCUCCCCCUGGUGUUGUCACCAUCACCAUUACUGGCAUACCUCCCCCGCUGAAGACUGAGGGUACCCCUCCGCCGAGAGGGGGCUUCUGGACCAUCACUAAAUACCUAUUCCCUCCCCCAGUCCCUGGAACUACGACGUCCUUCGUGACAGGCCCAACUCCUGGAACAACGACCCUUCCGCCAGCUCCUGGCUGCUCAAGCUCCGAUUGUAUUCAUACCAUCGUGGUAACUGUCCCAGGACCUAUCCCCAGUCUUACUACCAGAAUUACAACGACCCCACGAGCGCCAGGCACAAGCACGGUCGUAGUCACAGGCCCUCCCCCUUUGGAUCCUCCGAAUACAAGAUUUAUAACGACCACUGUCCCAGGAACUACUCCUGGAACCAUCACUAUCACCCCAGCUUCGAAUUGUAAGACCUCAUGCGUGGAAACUGUGGUCGUCACGACUGUUCCCACAACGCCACCGAACACUGCCAUCACAUUGACUGAGGUCUGCACGGCUACAACCUUCUGCGAGCCCAUUACCAUUACGCCUCCGGUGGAUUGUAUGCGUCCUUGUACAACGACGGUCAUUACCUACCCUCCCAGGACACCAUCCCUCACGACUACACCUCCGGAUGUCAUCACCACUAUCACUGAGCCAUGUCUUAGUACUGGAACCUGUGAGCCUGUGGUUACUGUACCGCCCCCCAGUGACUGCACUCGCCCCUGCACAACAUCAGUGUUUGUCCGCCCUUCUAGCUCAGUGGCUCUCACAACUACGCCCCCUCCUGACGUCAUCACAACUAUCACUGAGCCAUGUCCCAGUGCCGGAACCUGCGAGCCUGUGAUCACGGUACCACCCCCCAGUGAUUGCACUCGCCCCUGUACAACAUCGGUGUUUGUCCGUCGCUCGACCAGUUCAUCAGAGGCUCCCUCUAGCACUACAGACGGAUCUUCGUUGACGGAAGAGCCGUCUACGACAACAGAGACAUCCUCAACACAAGACCCUACUACAUCUGAAGAGUCCACAACCACUGAGGAGACCACCACGUCAACCACAAGCGAGGACUCUACUACCUCUCAGGAGCCUACAACUACUCAAGCGCCUACGACCACAACAGAGUCUACCACGUCCCAAGAGUCCACAACCUCUGAUGAGACUACCACGCCGGCAGAGUCAACCACGUCCGAGGAGCCAACCACAUCUGCCGAAUCCACAACCACCACGACACCAACCACAACGGAUGCACCCACAACCACUGAGCAAUCUACAACUUCCGAUGCCCCGUCAACAACAACAUCGGAAACCCCACCCUGCACGCCAGGCCUCGAAUGGGCGUUUUAUAACUUUGAACAGGCCCCUGACGGGGAAACCAACCCUGGUCAGAUCCCAUAUCAUCCUACUGAGCAGACUACAACCUGGUCACAGCAAACAUUCCAGAUUGGCACUUCUUUUAGCGGGCAAUCCCCAGGAUCAAGGGGAACAACCACGACCGUUGGCAUACCGAGUCAGGAUCAAACCUUUACUGUCUACGGCACAGAUACUGGCACAAAUGCCCAGUACAACAUCGUGCAGCACAUUGGUUAUUUCCACCCCAGCAAGGUUGGCACAUACACUUUCAAUCUCCCAGGUGAUCAGCUAGACGAUGUCGUAUACACUUGGAUUGGAGAUCCAGCAAGGUCGGGAUACAAUAACGGCAAUGCCUACUACAUCGCCGAUUACUACGCACCUACUUCGAGGUCCUUCACCUACGAUGUCCAGAAUGCCGGAGACUACAUCCCGUUCAGGUUAUCGUGGGUCAAUGCUCAGCAAGGUGGUGGCUUUGGCUUUUCCGUUGAAGAUCCCGAUGGCAAUGUUAUCCUGUCUGACAGUACUCCAACCACUGAUGGACAAUUCGUCAACGGAUGUGCUGACUCUGUUGAUGCCCCUCCUUUUGACUUUUGA